AUGAGUCUUUUCGAGACUCAAGAGGAUAGUCCAUUCCUCAGACGACUUCAUAGAAACAAUCGUGACGAUGGUGAUGAGAUUGCACUACCAGCAGCAGCAGCAGGAGGAAUGAUGCCACCCACUGUCUUUCCAGGACGAGCUCCGGCUCAAGCCUCGGCCGUGCAUGGCCGAGGCAUGUGGAAUAACUUUUUGAGGUCCUUUUCGGAUCCCUUGUACGCUUUGCUGGAUCUCUUUGACAAUGCGGUGGAUGCCUCUUGGAAUUUACCCAAGGGAGAAGUACCAAAAAUCAAAGUGGACCUGGAUACCCAUGGUCAAGGUGGAAUCUACAUUCGAAAUGCUUCCAGUGAUCCAAUCCCGUCCAUGGAACAAAUAUUGGAGGUAUUUCGGUCCGCCAAGGAACAUCACAAAUCGGCCAUUGGAGAGAAUGGUGUGGGGAUCAAGCACGCCUGUGCCAAUCUAUCAGAUUUGAGUUUGGUUCUCACGAAAACUGCGGAUUCCUUUAGUUUGGGAAUCUUGAUGAAGGACUUGCAACAGGAUGUGCCCCAUUUUCCACAAAUGGUUAUUGCUCGAUCCGCCAGUAUCUAUGGUCGAAUCAAACAUAUGUGCGAUUUGGAACAAAUGACAUGGGGAUUGGCAGUCGCAGCCUAUGGAGACGGGGAUUUGUAUCUAGGGAUUGAUCGGAUAUGCCUCCAUUUUGAGGAAAUGAAGACGGGUGUGGAUUGGAAGGAUGCCUCGGACGUAUUCACCAUUGUCAUUUCCAAGUUGAGACAGACUGGACACACGGAAAAUGAAGGUGGAGAGGAGGAUCCUGAAAGCCUCAAUGAUAUUAAUAAUGAUGGUAAUGGUGAUGACUCUGAUGAACGAAGCCAGGAGGUGCUGCGAGAAUUUGCCAAAAGGCUGCCUCAACUCUACAUUCAUUUAAAUCACAACAUUCAAGUACAGGUUUGCGGUAAAGUCAUUGACAUGGCGUACUGGGAGACUCGACUGGCGGAUCUGACGCUCUUUGAAGUGGGAAUACCACAAGGACGCGAAAAGGAUGCAAAAUUAAAAUUGACUCAUGCGGAUCCCCCGUAUCGACAUCCAACCGUUCGCUUUUGGUUAGGCUUCAAUGUCGGCCGACCAUCGGCAAGCGCACAUAUCUACUACUAUAGUAGACAGAGCGGGAGGCUAAUUAAGGACCUACAUGACUGCCGAUCCAUGUUGAACUUGACUGCUGGGUCCACAGAUUUCAAACAAGGAUUGACCAUCAUUCUGGACGACUGGAACUCGACAUUGCCAUUAAAUCCGACCAAACAAGAUUUGAGUUUUGCUUUUCAAGAACAUGGGGAGACACAUAAGACGAACCUUAACUUUUGGCUAUCAGGCAUUACCUAUUUCUUUUGGACUUAUCACUUUGAUCAUAGAAAUAAGUCUAAGCAAAUGCUAACGCAAGUUGUGACCAAAGCAGCAAGUCUAUUUGAUGGCGCAAGAGCUCGCAAGGCGGUAAUACCAUUGAACGAAAUGGAUCCGAUCCGAUUCAAAAAUGUGGCUUGGACACAGCGAAAAGUCAAACUUGAAGAUGAAGAUGGAGGCGACGCAUCAUACCUGAAAUUGUACGUAGGCCAACAGGCUCGUCAAUCAGCAGAGCGAACGGUAGGAAGAGACACACUGGUGCAACUUUCCGAAGUCAAUUUAAGAGGGCGGCAAGUUACAAAACGAAAGGCUUCGGCAGGGCCAUCGCCCAGCAGCAAGAUCGCAAAAACCGAUUCAUUAUUUGAGCUUGAGGAUCAAAAAAUUGUUGCUCCGCCAGUGCGAAGACCCAUGACAGCAAGAAAAUCGGUGGCAAAGACCACGGCUGUUGCAGAGCGCCAGGAAUUGAAGAGACAUAAGGAACUACUCCUAGCUAGGGAGCAAGAAAUCGAGGAAAUUAAAAGAGAGAAAGAAGAGCAAAUUAUGGCGCUACAAAAGCAAAAGGAGAAGACAGAGAAAAAGGUUUCAAGGUUACAAAAGGAACUAGAUGCAGCAAGAACGGCAAAUGGAGGAGCAAUGAACGUCAGCGGCCAGCUCUUCAAUGUGCGUGUCAUGAACCAUGAGAAUGGUCGAAGUGUCGAUCUCCGCAUUCCUGCAGAGUCCAAUCGGUCACUUCGGCAGGUCAUGCGAGACAAGAAAGUGAGAAAACAGAAGCUACUCUUCUGGGGAUCUGAGACAACUUCCAAGCUACAGAAAAAACUGGUCACUGUGAAAGUUGGAAUAUGGGAUCCAACCAAACCAGAAGGGGAUUACAAUUACGUCUAUGGACUUGACGACUUGGAGAGUGAAACAACCCUUGAGCUCUUCAACUAUAUUGCGCAGGAUGGCAAGAAUGUUGCACAGGCAUACGAUCCAGUACAUUUGUGCAUGUUCACGGAGGAUAUGAAGCACGUGAAAGAGGAUGAAGAGGAAUUUAUUAUUUAG